AUGCAUCCAUCGUCUCUACUGCUCGCCGCUGCCUCAGGGGCUUCGGCUGCCCCCGUGUUCGCCGUCUACUUUGAACAGUGGCAUACAGCAUCCCUCUCCGACCGCGCCACGACGGCCGGCGUCACGCAUAUCAUCACGGCAUUUGCGCAGUCCACCAUCUUCAACUCGGGCACGUGGUACACCCCCUUCAUGCCCCUCGACCAGGUACGGGCGCUCUUCGACGACGGCACCAAGGUGUGCAUGGCCAUUGGCGGAUGGAGCGAUACGUCUGGCUUCAGCGCCGGUGCUGCGACCGAGCAGACGAGGAAGACGUAUGCGCAGAACGUCGCUACGAUAAUGGAUAACCUCGGAUACGACUGCGUGGAUGUCGAUUGGGAGUACCCAGGUGGUAACGGCCAGGAUUACAGGAUAGUCCCCAAUGACCAGAAGGUGCAGGAGGUUGAGACGUUCCCGCUGCUGCUGCAGGAGAUCAAGGCUGCAAUUGGAGACCGGGAGCUCUCUAUUGCCGUGCCAGGCAAGGAGGGCGACAUGAUUGCCUUCACGGCUGACAAGGUCCCCCUGAUCAGCGAGGCUGUCGACCACGUCAACGUCAUGUCGUACGACUUGAUGAAUCGUCGCAACAAUGAGACCAUGCAUCACUCCGGUAUCCCGGGGCCAGCGCGUGCGGUCGACCUGUACAUUGAGAGGGGCAUGGAAGCGAGCAAGCUCGUGCUGGGGUUCACCAUUUACAGCAAGUGGUUCACCACGUCCGGCCCCUGCGACGGCCCAGAAGGCUGCGCGACAGCUGAGCUCGAGCGUCCCGACGGGACGGACACGGGCCUGUCUGGCGCCGUGACGUUUGAGAAGGCGAGCUACAGCGACGGCGAGUUCGCGCAGGCCAUGCAGAAUGGCAAGGUGGAUGAGCAGGGGGGCGGCCAGUGGUACUGGGCCAAUAGCAAGUUGUGGACGUGGGACAAGCCGGCGCUCAUUACGCGCAAGUUUGACGAGAUUGUCAAGCCAAAGGGGCUCGGUGGCGUCAUGGCUUGGAGUCUCGCGCAGGAUAGCCAUGACUGGAGUCACCUGAAGGCGGUGCGGGAAGGCGUGGGCGGUCUUUGA